AUGUCUCUCUCAAUCCAGCUUGCUCAAUCUGGACCAUAUCACCCAGACUCGCACUUCAGCGGCACCCUUUACCUCACCUCGGUCGAGUCCAUUCCCAUUGGCUCCAUCGUCAUCACUUUCACUGGCCUUUCUCGGGUUACAUUGACUCAGAACUAUGGAGAUCUUAAUGUUUCGAACACCGAUUAUCACUCGCGCGAGGUCCUCUUUCACCGUGCGCAGGUGUUGUAUACUGGAGGGAAAUGGGCGUACAGUGCCGGUGAAUAUACCUGGCCGUUUGGGUUCAGAGUGCCUGAAUACGCCGAUGAUAGAAUGAUGUCAAGGUGUCCAGCACUUCAAAGGACCGUCCAAAGUACCCGAAAGCAUGACUUGCCGCCGGCCAUGCUGUAUAGUUGUCCGGGAUUUAUUUGUGCUGUGGAGUAUAUUCUCGAAGCGACAUUGAGGCCGCCAUUAAGCUCUCCUAUGGCGACGAUCGGGAAAACCAUCACCGCAAAAACGUGCGAUCAAUAUCCUGCCCCAGAACAUUGCAAGGCUGGGGAAGACGCAUAUCUCCCUACAAAACCCAAUGUCUCGAAUCCUGAAGCUUUCAAAAUUACAGCGCGAUGGCCGCAAAGAAGAAUUGGCGGCUGCCAAACCCUCACUCAGUAUUUCUGUCCUCUUGCCGCGGAGAAUAGAGACCAGAGAAGACUAUUCGACGAUGAGCAUAUUGUUCUCUGGCCGAUCACUCAGCAACACCAAAACGUGUGGAACAACUGGCAUAGAAAGUCUGGCACCAUCGGCUGCGACAAGCCUCACAAUCAAAAGCUUGAAGAUCGCAAUCAUUCAACACACGAAGGUCCGAGCAGGGCAUCACUCAUCAACCUCCACGCGCAAGACUUAUACGCGAAAGACAUCAUGCUCACUGCCACACCCAAUCUGUCAGUGUGA